UCCCCCCGCGGCGGUGCGGGCGUGCGUGUGCCAGGGCUCUCCCCUCUGUCUCUGUCUCCCUGCCUUGUGCAUACGCGCACACACCUAUAUGCAUAUACAUAUAUAUACACGCGCGCACACGCGCAGAUAUAUGUGUAUAUAUAUAUAUAUUUACGGCUCUCCGUGGCGAUCUAGGUCUCUCUCCCUCUCUAUUUCCAUGCACACGUCAAUCUCUCCCUCUGCCUGCACUCCAUCUGGCAGCUUUGCGCCAGGUUUUGUUGUUAUUGUGGAUGGUGGUUGGUGGUGUUUUCUUUUGCUUUUCGGUUUGUGCCUCCUGCCCUCCCUCCCGCUCCUCCCCACCCCCUUCCCCGGCACCGCCGCGCUCGCCCCUUCCCCGCUCAUUGUGCCCGGAAUUUUACCAUUAUUACCGUUAUUAUUAUUAUUAUUAUUACUACUACUACUAGUACGAUCGCUCGCUAAAUAUUUAUCAUUUAGCCGCUGUCUCCGCUCCCGCGCGCGUGUGAGUGUGUGUGUGUGCGUGUGCGUGUAUUUGGAUGUGGUUUUGUCUAUUGUUGGCAUGAGACCGGGGGGUGGGGGGAGAUACAUCUCUCUCCCGUACGAGAUGUGCUUCCAUUCAGCUUCCUUUUCCCCCCACCACCACCACCCCCCCCUUCCGCCCCAUCAUUUCUUUUUAAACCCGCAACACUUCUCGGUAGAUCCAUUUCCCAGCCUCAUUCAUUUUAUUUCCCCCCACCCCGAAAGAAAGAUGAAAGACGUGUAAGUAGGGAAGAAAAGAGGAAAGGGGGUGAAAAAGAGGAAAGGGCAGAAAAAGAAAAAAAAAGAGGGGGAAAUGUACUACUCUAUCUCCGCUUCCCUGUGCUUCCCGGUGCCCCGGAGUGUGCUUCUGUGCGAGAUUUGGCCUUGUUUUCACUCCAUGCGUUCAAAGGAAAGUUUGUGACUGAACCGGGUUUCUGUACUUCUGUCAUUUCUUUUUUUUUUUUUUUAGCACGCUGCUCAUUUUAUUUCUUCAUCAAACUCCACCCUCUCCUUAAAGCCUGCAUACAAAUCGCGAUUUAUAACCUAUUUACCGGUCCUUCUCAUUUUAGCAGAAUCCGCAGCCUGCAUCUGGCAGCGGGCUCCUCACCAUUUCCAACUGCUCUGCUAUUUAUUUAUUAUUUUUUUCCUCCUCCUUUCCAAGAGUCGCUGUGGUUUUUCCUUGCGUUCAGGCUCAUUCUCGCGUAGGAAGAUUUCCUGCCCUCCUUUCUCCUCGAAAUGUAUUUUCUCGGUUUACAGUUAAAGUUUACCCUGUGACUGUCGUUAAAGAUGUCUUAGAGUCACAUCAGCGAAACAGUCAAUUUUGCGGAGCGGGGAUUACUACUGCCUUAAUUGGUUUUAAAAUUAUAUUUUAUAUGCCACAAGAAAAGGAAUGAAGCUGCUCCAGAUCUGAAAGAGCUCGCAAAUAUGACGACUUCAUUGGUAGCUCCAGGGGCUGUUGUUGCAAGCUUGUGCAUUCACUGUGCAACGCUGACUGCAGGCUUUUGCAGUGGCAACAGCGCACCAAAGAUAUUAAUUACACCGUCCCCUUUUUUUUCCACGAAUGUUUGGCUAUUCGGUUCAGCGAGGAAGGAUGCCGCCCACCCAGCCCAACCCCGGCCAGUACGCCCUGACCAACGGCGACCCCCUGAACGGCCACUGCUAUCUCUCGGGAUACAUCUCCCUGCUGCUGCGGGCCGAGCCCUACCCCACCUCCCGCUACGGCAGCCAGUGCAUGCAACCCAACAACAUCAUGGGCAUCGAGAACAUCUGCGAGCUGGCCGCCCGCCUGCUCUUCAGCGCCGUCGAGUGGGCCCGCAACAUCCCCUUCUUCCCCGACCUGCAGAUCACCGACCAGGUGGCCUUGCUGCGGCUCACCUGGAGCGAGCUCUUCGUCCUCAACGCCGCCCAGUGCUCCAUGCCCCUCCAUGUGGCCCCGCUGCUGGCCGCCGCCGGCCUCCACGCCUCCCCCAUGUCGGCCGACCGCGUCGUCGCCUUCAUGGACCACAUCCGCAUCUUCCAGGAGCAGGUGGAGAAGCUGAAGGCGCUGCACGUCGAUUCGGCCGAGUACAGCUGCCUGAAAGCCAUCGUCCUCUUCACCUCAGACGCCUGCGGCCUGUCGGAUGCUGCGCACAUCGAGAGCCUUCAGGAGAAGUCCCAGUGCGCGCUGGAGGAGUAUGUGCGGAGCCAGUACCCCAACCAGCCCAGCCGCUUCGGCAAGCUGCUGCUGCGGCUGCCCUCCCUGCGCACCGUCUCCUCCUCCGUCAUCGAGCAGCUUUUCUUCGUCCGCUUGGUAGGUAAAACCCCCAUCGAAACCCUCAUCAGGGAUAUGCUACUGUCGGGGAGCAGCUUCAACUGGCCUUACAUGUCCAUCCAGUGCUCCUAGAGCCCGGCCCGCACCCCCGGCAGAGAGGCGGCGGAGCGGCGGAGGCGGGAGCGCUCGCACCGAGGGGCAGUUCGGGGUGCGGGGGGGGCCCGGGAGGCGGACACCGAACAAAAGAAAGGGCCGAGGAAAGGCGCAGAGGUGUGGCCGUGGUGGGGGGAGAAGGACGGACCCGGCGUGGGUCCGCGGAGGUUCGGGAUGUUGCGCUUUUUUGGUUGGUUUUGAUUUUUUUUUUUUUAAUUUUUUUUUUUUUUCGGAGAGGAGGAAAAAAGAAAUAAAUAAUAAUAAUAAAAGAGACAAAAAAAGCAAAAAAAAAUUUAAAAAAUAAUAAAAAAAAACAAACAAAAAAAAUAUGAGUAUUGAGGGGAUAUUAAUCAAACCUGAAGGGGAUACUGGAUCUUCCAGGAUUUAUUGUGGACUGUUGUUGAUAUAUGCUGUACAGUAACAAACAAAACAAAACGCGUUGAAACUGAACUGAACCUUGUGUAGAAUGAAAAAAAAAAAAGAAGAAAAAAAACAAAAAACAACCAACAAACGAGCAAACAGACAAACAAACAAAAAUUCCACGCGCAAACACUUACCACGAGCAUUGUUACUCAUUUUGUAAAAUAUUAGUCUUUAUUUUCAUUUUUUGUAAAACUUAAAACAUCGUAUGCGCAUAAAGGAAAAAGAAAAAAAAAAAGAAACGAGAAUUAGGGGAAAAUAACAUUUUCCAAAUAAUUAUAAAAAAAAUUGUCCUGUGUCUAUGUAUCUAUAUCUGUUUUGUAUUUUUUUCUGGUUCCAAACCAGGUUUCCUGUGAUUCUAUACUAAUAAUUUUUGAUAUAACCCUUUGCUUCUUAUAAUGAGUGCGAUAUAUGUUGUCGAAGCUGUUCUUCAAGAAUUAAAAUUGAAGUGAGAAUUUAAACAAAAAUAAAAGGAUUUAGCAAAAAAAAAAAUCAACUUAUCACCCCACAACCCAUGAGUCUUGUUGCUUGAAACAUGCCAACAGUUCACCAAAAAAAAAAAAAAACCCAACAAAAAACAAACAACCAAACAACAACAGAAUCUCCCUGGAUUUUUAACUCCUGUACUGGUGUCAAAAGGGAGAACUUGAAAAAAUGCCUGUGAGGGGUAACAAAGUUGUGUAAACCACGUGAUGUUCCAAAACUGACUUGACUGUGGAAGUUUAGGGCUGAGCUGUCAAGGCCUAGGAGGAGUGAGCAGGAGGCGCGGCGCCAUGGUGAUGAUGAUGAUGAUGAUGCCGUAGGUGACCUUGCUUGGCUGGGGCUGCAGGGCAGACUCUCCAUCGAGGCCGACGGGCCCCAACACGCCGGCCUACCCUUGUGUGGUUAUUUUUUUGGAAGCACUUUUCCCCAUCAGCUGGAGUUUCUGCCAAGUUCACACCUUGCUGCUUUGCUCUUAGACGCCAUUGGCAUGGAUUGAAGUCGCCGUAUGCCACCACUGCCGCCCGUGCAGCGGGAGGCAUACUGUCGCCCUGACUCCUGCUUGCCGCUGGCAUGGUGGCUUUCUGCUUUUGUGGGUUUGGGGUGGGGGGGUUGGUUUUUUGGGUUUGGUUUUUUUUUUUUUUGGCUUCUUCUCUCUUCUUUUCCACCCCAAAGGACUCGCAGACCCCGGCGUGUGCUCCGGCGCGCAUGCCUUAUUCUUGCUCUCAGCCAAAACAUCCCGCUCGCUGUUUCUCCUCACUCCAGUCACUGCGCGUGGAGGCUAUUCCCAGCCCAUUAAUAUAGAAAUCCAACUGGAUGCUUGCUUGUUGGGUGGCGAGCCAGCGCGUUCCGUGCAUGUUUGUGUGCCACGGCCACGCACAAAAUGUGGGCCAUGGCCCCCCACACCGUGGCCACCCACCGCAGGGGCCCGAGCUCUAGUGCCAAAAGCCCUGCUUCAUUUUGGCUUGUCCUUUUUUGCAAAGAAAAUUAAAAAUCGUUGUUGUAAUGGAGCUUCUUUGAAGGUAAAGGCUUCACAAUGCUUCUAGCUGGUGGUGCAGAUCUCUGUAACAGCUUUCAGUGCAUUAAUGUUUUAUAGGAUCUGAGACGGAGCUGUAAGAACACAUACUACCAAGGGAGCUCUUUCUUAACGUAUUAAUAAAGCUGGAUCUUUAAAAAUAACAUUCCCCCCCGCAUGCAGACACCUCCUGUGCCCUCCAAACAAGCCUGGAUGAGGCAGGCUUUUCAGUUUGUGGAGUCAUGGGCAAUGUUUUCCUUUUAAUUUGCUGUCCUCCAUACUCUCCUUCUCUCCCCUCUCUCCCUCUCUCUCUCCUCUUUUUUUUUUUUUUUUUUUUUUUUUUUU